CUUCAUUCACCCCACACUGCUACUUUGCUUCUCAACCUGCUUGCCUUCGCCCAUCACCAUACCCGCUUCUGCCAAUCCACCACGCAAAUCGCCAUGGCGGACAAUAUACCGGCAAAGCUGAAGCCGGCGCUGAUUACCCCGUUCGUCAAGCGGGCAUCCCAGCUCGAGAGGUUUAAGCCCAUCGUAACCUACUGGCUACGUUUCUACGUCGUUCAGAAAAUCAUCAGCGCGAAUCUCCACUCGGCCGACAAUGAAUGCAGCGCCUUCACAACCGAUUUGAUGGAGAAGCUCGAGCAGACCAAGGCCCAAAACCCCACCGAAGAAGCCUACACAGACGAGGAGGCUGCCGCUGCCUACUGCGAGCAAUUUGCUCUACAAACCUUCGCUAGGGGAGACAAGGACAUGACGGCCAAUGCUGUCACGAAGAACACCGCCGAUACCUUGCUCGCCGCUUCGACUUUUCUCGAGAUGCUAGCUAUAUGGAAGAGAGACGCCGAUCCAGAAAUCAAGUCGAAGCAAACCUUCGCGAAAUAUCACGCCGUGCGCAUUCUCAAGGCAUUCCAAGCUGGCGAAGAUCCCAAUGCCACCAACCCCGUUCACGAUCCACCCCCACAGGUAGCUUCACCUUCCGCCUUGGAUCCCAACGACCCGGAAGUCCAGAACAUCAAUCAGAGUGCUGCUGGGAAUCCGCCUCCGCAAAAUCCAUAUCAGCCUUAUGUCGAGACUGUCCCAAACACUUCAGCCCGCCCCUCGCCCACUUUCUCUGCUCCGAAGCUAUCGCCGCCCCCUCCUCACUUUCCUUCGGCUCCAGAUGCGUAUCGAGAUGUCUCGCCCAUCUCACAACCUUCCACUUCUCGUCGAGGAUCUGUAGUUUCGGCUGGUGGAGGAUAUUUCCCUAGAGUGGAAGUUCCCACGUUCACAGCGGAUGCUGCAGCACCUACUUUGCCAACGGCAUCGACAAUGCCCGACGAACCCAUGGCCAGCAGCCCGUUCGGUAGCUCAUCACUGCCCACCGGACCAGAAAUGCCCCAGGCUCCUCAAGUACCCACUCCACAAAACUUCUAUCGCGAUGCGGCACCAUCUGCACUGCCGGCUCAAUUUCCACAGCAGCCGCAGCAACAACAACAACCACCGCCUCCUCAAAAUAUGUUCCAAGCACCCUUUACCCCUCCACCUCCGCAACAACUUCCACAGUCACAGCAACCGCAAUUCCAGCAAUAUCCCCAGCAGCAACAGACUUACUCGGCCCCACCACAACCGCAAUACACACAACAACCACCGCCGCCUUCCCAGUCUCUACAUCAAGGCCCGUUCAGGACAGAUGAGGAUUCUCAGACGGAGGCUAUUCGACAUGCAAAGUUUGCCCAGUCAGCUUUAAACUUCGAGGACGUGCCUACUGCUGUCAAGGAGCUUAGAUUGGCCCUAGCAGCGUUGGGAGCGAACUAGUGUCGAUACAUUGAACGUGGAAUACGAUUACCUGAACUUUGGCAUACCUUAUAGUCAUGAAUCCCAUAUACCCCAGACUAGUUUGUAGCUAUGUAAUUAUUCAGCAAUUAUACACAUCUUGAUACAUCAAUGAAGGAGAGAAAACUCGGCAUGUCAUGUUCACGAAGUUGUCUCUCCACACUAUUAAUGCAUAAUGAUAAUCGAAAAUUAGAAACCAUUCUCAUGCUCUGAAUCUGACCAGAUAUCAU